AUGCAACAUUCUCUUUCGUAUCUUUGCGUUGACACGUGUCCUCAUUUUGUUGGUUCCCGAAAUUUUGCUUGUGUCGUACUUUCCACUGUCUACGCUGAAAUGCGACUGUACACACUGUUAAUAGCAACAUUAUUGGCCGCAGCAUGUAUGGCAGUACCGUUCCGGAUCGCUCGAGUGUAUCCUGCAAUGCUCAGACGAAUACCACAGUAUGAUGAUAGUGACGAAGUCCUCUUGAUGAUCCCACGAUUCCGACAACGACGAUCGCAGCCUAUCAUCGACUACACGGACGAGUUCUCAGCAGAUCCAUUCGAGGUGCCAGAGAAUGCCGCUGAACAAAGGCCGAAGAACCUAGCCGUGUUGGAUCUCUACUAGUAAUUUUAUUUAGUUUUAUUUAAAAUUUAUUCUUCGGCUUUCAUAACUGGAUCUCACUAAUCAGUGUAUGAACGUUGAGUACAUAUCAUGUUAAGUUAUGUGUUCUACGGUUGUGAAUAAAUAUGCGAU